AUGGCAGAAAUAUCCGAAAUUGACGCUGGCCCCCUAGUCAAUGACCAUCCCUCGGUGUUUUGGCACAUCGAGCAGGGACUACGUCGGGGACCCCAUACCCCGGCUGUGGUAUGCAUCCACCAACCUUCGGAUCAUCUUGUCGAUAUUAUUGAGGAGAAUAUUGCCGAUCAGACAUGUCUCACGCUCUCAUAUCAACAAUUGCAUGGAGCGGCGCUUGCGCUCGCAGCGGGUCUCCAGGCUCGGGGCGUGCGGCCCGGUACCCGCAUUCUCACACUAAUCCCCAACGGUGGCGAGUACGCCAUUCUCCUGUGGGCGUGUGCGCUGCUCAGACUGCCCUUCUCGUCGUUGGAUGUGUCCCUCUUGGACAAGUCCCAAAUACCGAUCCUGAAUGACCUCCAACCGGGUAUUAUUGUCACGCCCGAUGGGUACGGAGCAGAGAUCAUAAAUGAGUGUAUUCAACCACCACCCCUCCACAUCUCCCUGAGCGCGAGCAACGGACCCGACAAUGGUUCGGUUUCGUUCUCCGAGCUCGUCAUCCAGGGUCAAACUGCCCCCAUCGACGAGACCAGUCUCCUCGAACUCGCCCGACAGCACGACCCAGAUCGCAUCCACUCGAUCCUCUUCACAUCCGGCACCUCUGGCCGACCCAAGGGCUGUCCGCAGCGCGUUGCCGCCAUGACGCACGUCCUCGAGCAUCUCUCAUGGCUCAUUACGCCAGAAAACGCGACCUCCGUGCUGCAGCAAGCGCACAACUCGCGUGCCAUCGCUCCCGCACAUACCUUGCAGACCUGGCGACAGGGCGGAACAGUCAUCAUGGCCGAGCAGAGCUUCGCUGUCGCGGAUACCCUAACAGCGCUGCGGAACCACACCGUGACAUUUCUGGUUCUCUCGCCCGCUAUGGUGCAUGCACUAGCCGGCGAGCUGGACGGCCAGUCCACAAUAACCGACUCGGUCCGCACCGUGCACCUUGGUGGAGAUGCCAUCACACAUGAUGUGCUUCGUACUUGUGCGAGCCUGUUCCCCGAAGCCCGGAUCUGCAUCAGCCAUGGUAUGACAGAGGGUCUGGGCUUUUUCGAGUGGCCGUUCACUAAAGCCACCGAGGAAAUUCCGCUGUUCGGCGAGAUCUGUCCGACCGGGGCUGUGGCGGCGGGAACCCGAUUGCGGAUCUGGGACGCAGAUCGACGCACUGUCGCCUCGCGUGGUCAACCUGGUGAGUUGCAGGUCCAAUGUGAGAGUAUCAUCCACGAGUAUCUCUUAGGUGGUGGGGACGACGCGUUUUAUGUCGGGGAUGAUGGACGAUGGUUCGUCACGGGCGAUGUGGCCGUCAUGGAUGUUUCCGGGCUGGUCUUUAUCUUGGGUCGGGCCAAAGAUGCCAUCCAGAGGGGAGGGAAGACCAUUAUGCCGGCGGCAGUGGAGAGCUGUCUGGAGAAAUACACGGGGGGUCAGGCUGCUGUUGUCGCAUAUCCUACCACCGAUCCCAAACCGAUUGCUGUGCUCAGUGAAUUGAAUGGUAAGACCGAAGACCAGAUACGCUCUCAUGUUGUGGAUGUCUUGGGUCAGGACUACUCGCUAGAUCGAAUCCUGUCGCUGCAGCAGAUUGGGCUGUCAGGAUUCCCAGUUAAUGCCACUCACAAAGUGGUUAGAUCUGAGGUGCAGCAGGCUGUUGCGGAGUAUCUCUCAUUGUCCUGA